AUGGGCCCAAGCCGGUGGGACAACAGAGACAGACAAGACAGAGAACCUAGAUACUCAAACGACGAGCCUAGUAGUAGAUACAGCGGAGGAGCUCGUUCUUCAAGAGACAGCCGUGGGAGUCCCGGAAGUGGUGAUAGGUCGGGCCGUGAUGAAGGCGGUGGUAGACGGUCCGAGUCCGGAAGAAAUCAGCGCGGGUAUCGUUCCAUCAAUGGGGCACAAUCCAAACGCCAUAGAGAGUACGAUCGGGACGGCUAUGAUGACGACAAAGACAGAGAUCGACGCUACCGGUCCAACAGUAUGGACGACGCCAGGAGCCGUGACAAGUACUAUGAGAGUGGUGGUGGUGGUGGUGUAGACGAUAGACGGUCCAAGCACGAUGACGACUACUACGGAAGAGGCAGCCAGAGGCGAGAGGAAGGACGUCGCGAUAGCGGAGACGGUCGAUAUGGUCCUGCCGAUGCUCGCGGCAGCAAGCGCCGCUCUUCGAAUGAUCGUAAUGACGGUGCUGAUUGGAAAUGCAGGGAGUGCUCUGUUUGGAACUAUCCGGACGAACGACAGUGUGCUCGAUGCGGCCUGAAGAAAUGGUUGCCGGAAGAUGACGACAACUCUCAUGGCGAUCGUCGUCGACACUCGGAGUCAUCUUCCGAGAGCAGUAUGGACGAGUUUGGUAGAAAAUCCAAAAAGAAAAAGAAAAUAGAGGAAGAAUGGCCUCCGAAUUUUCAGGAUCACAGCGAAGACUUUGUGCUGGACUCCAGAUCUGGCAUGUUCUACGAGAAGAAUUCCGAUUUCUUCUACGAUCCUACCAGCAAGCUCUACUACGGAAACAAAAAGCAAGCAUACUUUUCCUAUGAUGCCGAGAAAGACAAGUUCGUCGCAGUGGACGAAUCUGACAAGCUCCCCCCUUCUGGCUCGAAAGGUGCAACGGAUACAACCGCUGACCAAGACCACCUGAUGCUGGUUCCUCAAGGUGCCAACAACAAAGCUGAUCCAAACAAAAAGAUGAUCGCCAUCAAAAUCAAGACGGUGCUCGCCAGCCCCAAGAAAAAGAAAAAGCGUCUGGAUACCGCAAAACUUGAUGACGAAAAGAAAAAGAUGCCAGCCCCCGGUGACAAUACUGCAGCAACCAUCAAAGUUCAGAAACAGCAUGCUGCAAGUUUGGAACGCUGGUCCGGGCGCCAGGAUGAGAUGGGAAAGGUACGGCUCAACGCAGUCAAGGGCAGGCCCCGGUUCACCAAAGAUGGCAAGCCAAUUUGUUGGCUGUGCAAGCGAAAGUUUGAUGACCUUGGGAAGUUACAGAAGCACGAAGAACUCUCGACAAUGCACAAGGAAAACCUAGCCAAGCAAGAAGAGCAAGGAAAGGAGACCAAGCCAAAGUCUGAUGACAGUGGUCGUUACAUUGAUCGUGCCCAGCAGCGCCGCGAUCUCUACGGCCCUGAACUGGCGGUUCCAGAUGCACAUCCUGUGGAUGCAGACACAAGCAUGCAAGUAGACGACAAUGAGCCACCGGCGGACUCCUCGGAAAACGUUGGCCAGCAAAUGCUUCAGAAGCUAGGUUGGAAAGCUGGGACAAUGUUAGGACGUGGCAGCGACCAGCAAAAGGAGCAGCAGGCUGCCCUGGCGCAGGAUUGGAGCCGGAUCGAAUCUCUUGCCGCCAAAAACAAGAGCCAGCAGCCAGGUCGCCGUAGCCUUCGUUGA